CUUUUUCUCUUUCUUUAUCACCACUUCUCCCACGAUGGGCUCCAUAUUUGCCGCGUUCUCUCCCCACUCAUCGUCCAGACUCUGAUCUUGAAUCCCUUCGUCACCCUCUUUCUUUAGGACGUUUUUGUUUUACUUCUUUACUUUCCAUUUCUUCUUAUUUCUGAUGAAAACAAGAAAGGAAACAUUGGCAUCCCAUCAACUGAAUUGCAGAUGGGUCGAGCUAAGUCCAGACGCAAUAACCGGAAGCAGUCAAGUUCUACCCAGAUUGUUGAGCCCGAAUCUCCACCGGCCGGUGAAAAUCUUGAAAACGGGAAAAUAAAAAAGACUGUUCGAGCUCUGGAAAAUCAAUCCCCUACUGAAAUUUUGUCUGGGAGUAAUAACUUGGGUGAUACCCAAUUGGUGGAUGAUGCAAUUGGUAUCGAUGAGGAAACUCAAUUAGUAGAUAAUCAAUAUACAUCUGGAUUUGCUGAUGUGGAGCACGACACAGAAUUGGGAACUCAGUUGGUUGAUGAAUCUGAGAAAGAAGACUGUUCAGAUAGGGAUUCCAAUGGGACAGAAAUAAUUGGCAGAUUAAGUGAUGAUGAAGGUGUACACGGAAUAGUUUCAGCUGAUCCUAAUGAGAAAGUUGCAGCUGCUUCUAGGUGCUUGAGCAAACAUGCAGAUAAAUGCUUGUCCAUUGACUCAGACACUUCAACUGGUGAUGAGAAUAAUUUGGGGUCUACACAAGCAAAUUCUCCUUCCAUUUACACUUCAUCAUUGUACACAAUUCCAAAUCAAACAGAAGCUGACUUGCUUUCUGAUAUGCAUUCUACUGAGGUUGAACUGAAGGAGAAACAGGUACGGAAUGAAAAUGCAUGUAAAGAUGAAAUUUGUGAUUCUAAAGCAAGAAUUUUUUUUGAUGAGGAUGAGAGAAAUAAAUUGUUAUUUGACAAUACCCUUGAAAAAAUUGAAGAUGUGCACUCGUCCAAGCUGGGUAGAGGUGAGCGAGUUCCAGAGUUGAGCUACAUUUGUUCACAGGAACCUGGUGAAUUUUCACAAGCCAAUGCAUUAGGAAUUGUUGAGAAAUUAUUGGACACUGUUGAUGGUCAACUAUAUGUGGAAACUGUUCCCAAAAGGAGUAUUGGAUUGAAAAUGGCCUCUAUGUCAGGAGCAAAAGGGCCUCAGAGCUUGGCUAGAAGGCAAGACCUGAAAAAUCCAAUGGAAAGCAUAGGUACUUAUGAUUGGAUUGAUAGCCGUGAGGAUGAAGGAGGAGGUGAUUUCUUUACCAGACGAAGGGAAUCUUUCUUUGGUAAUGGCCAUGGGAGAAAAUCUUUCACAGAACCAUGCAUAUCAAAAAAAUUAACCUCUGGAAAAGCUGAAAAUUUAGCUAAAAAAUUUCUGGAGAACCAGAAAGGACUGCCUGAAGACCAUAAGAGCAGCAUGAACAUUAGUCUCUCAGAUUCAAGAAUAAGCUUGUCUCGUUCCACAAACCUUGACAUUGGGCAGGUCAAAAAUGCCAAGGUUAUACGAAGUCUUUUUGGCAAUUUAAAGAAGCAAGAACAUACAGAAAGGUUAGAGAAGCUAGUGGAGCCUCCAGAUCACAGUGGUCUAAUAGUUGGUAUUCAUGAUGUUGGUGUUGAUACACAAAUGGCGGCUGAAGCAAUGCAAGAAUUAGGUUGUCGUUCACCUUUUAAUAGUGUUUGUGAAGAUAUUCCUGUUAUAAGUCAGUCAGCAGAAAAAGAGUCUAAGCGGUUUCCAGACUCAAGUUACCUCUUUAAAACGUCAGAACCCUUGUUUACUUCUGUUAAUACUGAGGAAUUAUCCAAACAGAUGAAGUGUGGCACUAGGGUGGGUGGAAAAAAAUACCAUGCCACUGAAAAAUGCCCAAAGAAUUCAAAGGAUAGCAUUGUGGAGAAGAGAUCAAUAACAAAAAGAUCUGCGAAGCAAAGAUGUAAUACAAUGAAUUCUGCCAGGAGGAGAAAAAAUGUGAGUGUGAAGCUCUCUAAAUGUCUAAAAGGAGAGGAAGAUUCUGAUGAAACUUGGCUCUAUGGUUCAUCAGGAUCUGUUAUCGAUCUCAAUAGGUCAAUUGAACCAGUUGCACAUCGUACCAGGAACUCUAUAGGAAAGCAGUCUGACAAGUCUGAAAAUGUAUUCAGAAAUUGUGAAGAUGGAAAAAGUGAUCAGUUGGAUGCAAGAAUAACUAGACGUACUAGGAGUUCCUUGGCUGUUGCAUCAAAGAGACAAAGACCGGUUUCUUCUUCAAUUCCACUGUCAAGGCACAUGCUAAAUGAUGCAGCUACUACUACCAUGAAUAAAAUGCAACAAGCCAAUGAAGAAAAGAAGCAGCUUUCUUCACAAAAGAAAAAAGCAAGUGCUUGCAAUAUCACAAGUUCCACAUACCCCAAACAGGUAGCUGCUGAACAAAUGACAUCUGGUAUCAGACAUAAUGUUAAGGUGAGAAGGCAGUCAUCUAGUACAAAUGCCUCAAGUCCGCCAAAUAUAGGCCAAAUAACAAUCCACCUGAACGGUGCAGGGAAUCUGGAUGGUGGUGCUAGUGCACCAUGUUUUCCCUGUAAUGGAGAGGUUUCAAUUAAGAAAAGACGUCCAUCUAGAUGUCCCAGCGCACAUGCUUCUAUGAUCAAGAAGCCCAAGGACGAUUUUGUUCACCAGAAGGGUAGCAAAUUUGAUACUGCAUCCACAGGUGGUUAUGCUCCAGCUAAUGUUCUGAAUGAAAAAUCACCAUCUGCUUUACAGGCAUUAACCACAUCUAAUACUUCUCACUGUAGCAUGAAUGGUGCAGAAAUAAUGAAGAAGGAUAAAGAUCAAUUCAGUUCUGUUCCUACUACACCAUUAAAAGAUGUUGAUGCAGCAUCACCUAUCUAUACAGUGAAUGGUGAUGUUACACAUUGUUAUAAGACAAGAUCCUCAAUGUGCUCCCUUAGUAGGGAGUUGAUCAGAUUGGAUGCCAUUAAACCGGAAUUGUCACCUAUUCUGAAAGAUUCUCCUCGUAAGAAGAGAGAUAUUGCUAGUAUCCGUGUUCUUUUUAGCCAUCAUUUGGGCGCAGAUGUCAUCAAGCAACAGAAAAAGAUCUUGUCUCGAUUAGGAAUUUAUACUGCAUCAUCAUCUUCGGAUGCUACACACUUUGUUACGGAUAAGUUUGUGCGUACUAGAAACAUGUUAGAAUCAAUGGCUCUCGGUAAACCUGUAGUCACACCCUCAUGGCUUGAGAGUUGUGGACAAGCCUGUUGCUUUAUUGAUGAGAAAAAGUACAUAUUGCGUGAUGCAAAGAAGGAACGAGAGAUUGGUUUCAACAUGGCUUCCUCAUUGGUUCAUGCCGGCCAAAAACCUCUGCUUCAGGAUCAUAGAGUAUUGGUCACCCAGAAUGUAAAACCGAGUAAGGAACUGAUAAUAACUUUGGUCAAGGCAGCUCAUGGUCUGGUGAUUGAGAGAGUUGGGAGGUCUCCCAUAGAGGAUCUUUUAAUUAUUUCCUGCGAAGAAGAUCGUUCAAUCUGCAUACCACUUCUUGAAAAAGGAGCAAGGGCUUACAGUUCUGAGCUUAUAUUAAAUGGAAUCGUCAUCCAAAAGCUGGAGUUUGACAGACAUCUGCUGUUUAUGGAUAACAAGAAAACCCGUUCCUCAAGAACGUUUAAAAGUUGAAGGCUGUGGGAACAAAGCUGCUUGUUUGCAUGUGUUGCGUCCAAUAGCAAAUGCAACAUAUGGUGUAAAUCUGUCUAUCAUAAUGGCUUCUCUGGCAGUCCAUGGUUUUCAUUUAAGAGGCAUCAAGUUUAUAGCUAUAGGUGUUCGAUUCUGUAUAGUGGUUGCACUUGUAUAUUGAAAUUCUUUUCCAUGUAACGUGUUUGGUUGCAUGUAUAAAAUAGGCCUUGUAUUUUUUUCGCUUCUCCUCUGUAAUUUUUACACGGCAAAAUUAAUGACAUAGCAAAGCCUGGUGAUGCGAAUGACAGGAACAUUGCAUUAACUUAA